AUGCUCGGCAUCUUGCCGGGUAGCUUGCAAGAUAACCGGCGCCGUCCCUGGUCCAAUCAAUAUGGGGAGAGCCACACUCAAAACAGCGCUCAGGCUCUCCCCCUGAUCUGUUCCCAUCGACCAGGCGGUCAACGGGAAUCGGCUGACGCUGCCCUUGCAAUGGGUGAUAAUAACGAUGCAUGUCUCUGCAAGAUCGACGAUCCUGACCAUGUGAAAUUUCGGAGCAAUUUAAAUGAAUUGACGGCUCAAAACCCGAAGUAAAAUUUCUCUCGUCCAUAAACGGAGUACUCCGUGCAAUGUCGGGAUCCAGUGAGCGUUUCGCCGUUUCGGCGCAAGUUUCGAGAGCUCUUCGAUGCGCCGACGCUAAAAAAAGGGAAUGCGGGGAAUACGGAAUAUUUCCGGCAUGAUAUUAGAACCACGACGACUUUUCCAGCCCGUUUUGACCAUACGGGUCGAGUUUUAAGUGUUUUGCUGUUGAAGAAGGCUGGCGCGGUCCAGAACGAAACCAUGAAUCGUUUCUGAGACGAAGUGGGAGUUUUUUUUGCAUCAGGGAUCGGGAGGAUGGAGCAGCCGGAUUUUGUGGGAGUUGGUUGCGGAGGCAACGGUGACAUCGUUAGAACUUCAACUUUGAUGCGACUUUCCUCUCACCCCAGGAUCCUUAAUAAUAAUAGCCGGAUGGAGUAGCAUUAACUCGCUCAGCACGGUCUAUGCUGAAAGAAAACAACAGUGAAAAACCGAAAGUCAAAAUUCAUUGCAUUGUGUAUGUACUGUACAUAACUGCGGCAUAGCUGUUUGAUUUCAAGGAUCUCCAUGAUAUUAUAUGUUCGGGUGAGCAUCCCUCCAAACGCCUGCGUUUGUGGGCAGAUUGUAAACCAUGCUAGGUUCAUUUCCUUGUA